AUGUCUCGUAAUCGCGUUAACCGCGACGCUCCCGGCGUAAUUAUUCGAGCGUACACGGUUAAACGUAAUAUUCGAUAUAACGUGGUGCGCGUAACGAGUAGCGGUAAGAAGACGGCGGGAGGGGUCCGCGUAGAGGUGGAAGACGAGGUAGUCCGUGUCGUAUUGCGGUUAGAGAAGUAG